AUGACGGAAGAGCUUGAUCAGAACCAAAAGAUAAUGUCAUUGAGGCGUGAAAGAAAUUUUCUAUUGAGGAAAGUUGAUAUGUUAGAAGCGAUUCACAAUGUUGCAUUAGAAGCCGAGGAAAUGAAAAUUGGGGUCCUAAAACAGAAGCUUGACCAACUAGAGAGCACUGUAAUGUUUUACAAAGGUGUAUUUGAUGCAACGGAAAGGGAAGUUACAGACCUAAACAAGAAGCUCCAGGAACAAGACAACAAGCAGUGGAAAAUGAAAAUGGGUUUAUUGUAUACUGUGAAGAUUGCGUUGGCGAAGAUUCAGAUUAAAGAGUUGCAAAAUAAAGUAUUUGAAAUGGAGAAUAAAUUGAAGAUUCAAGACAAUGAAAUUUCUCAAAAGCUUAUUAAUGAGAACAUACAAGUUGGUGAAUCUUCUGGUGCAAACAUAGAUUGA